AUGCAAAAGUCACUUGGAGUUCUCAUUUUACUUGCUUUAUUUCAUAAUGGAUCUUGUAUUUUGACAAAAAUGGCAUGCAGAACUUCAGGGAAUGGAACAUGUGUUGACCCAUUUUGCUUUGUCACUCCAGUCAACGAGAAAUCAAAUGCUGCUAAUUUUGGAUGUGGCAAGCUGACAAGGCCUUUAAAUAAAGUUCAAGUUAAGCAACAAUUUUACUUCAAAUUCUUCCAAAGCUACAUCCCAUUCAAUAUAUUCCCAGAAGUCGAGUGGUGUAGCUUCGUCAAAAAUCCAAAUCCCUUCUCAUACUUUAAUGGCAUCGUGAAUGCACUCAAAGAAAAAGUUCCGGGAUUUGUGCAUCAAUGUCCAUAUUCAGGCACAGACUUACAAGUCAAAAAUUUAAUAUUAGUCACAAGUGAUUUAGCUCUUUGGAUUACUGGCGAAUAUAAAUUAAUAUACACAAUAUAUGACGACAUUGACCCUAAAAUAUUAGAAGUAUCCGCAAGAGGCAUUAUUAAGAGAAAUUAA